AACCAAAAAUGAACAAGAAAUCGGUCGGACAACCACCGGAAGGUCUUCAUGAGACUAAAUCGUUGGCAUCGGCUCUUCCUGAAAAGAAUGCCGAGCAAAGACCAAAAUAUGUACAAAUUUUGAAGCAAGAAACCGCUGGCCCUGCUCAGGUGUCUCCUGCGAAAUCUCCAGUUGGUCUUGGAAAUUCUUCUCCUGCUGAAUCGCCAGUUGUUGAGCCAAAGAAGACGAAUGCUAAAGGAAAAGGAUCCAAGAAAAAUAAUUUCGCUCAGCAAAAUGGGAAACGGCCAUUCAGAGUUUUUCUGAAGAAACAGGAAGUCGUUGCUCUUCCAUCUGAAAUAAAGUCCCGUGAACUUCCGAUCGCCCCGGACAAUGUAGUCUACUUCAAUGGUCCUACUCAUUAUCUGUCUGCACUCUACCCGUGUACUGUUGUUGUGGAUGGAAAUGAGUAUAACUCGGUUGAGCAUUACUAUCAAGCAUGCAAACUCUAUGUGCUCACUGGUGAACAGUCUGCUGCUCAGUUGAAAGCCUCUGAAACUCCGAUCGAGGUGAAGAAAGCGACGAAGAAUAUUUUGAAAGAGGCGAAGAUUCCAGCCAAAAAGAUCUCCGCUUGGAAGGACAAGGACAGUAUCGCUGUGCUCAAGCAUGUUAUUUAUCACAAAUUCAAUCAAAACGAUGAGCUGAAAGUCAAGCUUCUCGAUACCGGAGACAAAAUCCUCAUUCAGACUUAUAUCGGAGACACGUACUUCGCUGCCGGCGCCAAUGCCAAGUAUACGAGCACUUGGGUGGAUCGCCAUGUCAAUCAGAGCCUCAAAUAUCCGGAAAACGUGGUCGUCGACAACGUUCAGUAUUUGCCAUUGGUGGCCAACGGAAAGAAUGUUCUCGGAUGGAUUCUUAUGCAAGUUCGCGACGAGCUUCGUAUGCGAUCCUCCGCCUAAGCUCUCUCCAAUGUUCUUUUUUGUCAUUCCUCUCGUCGUACUUAAAUGGGUCUCUUCUGCUGAAUUUUCUAUCGUUCCCUGUUAUGUUUCAUUUUAAAUUAUAUGCGUCUUCUAGAACAUCUCAUUGUGCUCAACUUUGUCACAAUGGUUCUGCUUGCUAGCUUAAUUUUCUAUAUAUGAAGAAACUGCAUGAUCGUAUAAUAAAAUGUUGUUUUAU